CGCGCUCGAUAUGAGUGAAAGAAGAAAACAUGGCGGGUACGUGGAGAAUGGAGAAAAGCAGUGGGUUCAUACAAAUGUGGUUUACACUGUUCCUUGGAGUUCUACAAGUUAUUCCAACAUAUAUUGAUACCGCCAAAGCACAAACAGAAGCAUUUGUUCAAUCAGACAUCAGUGAACUCCGACAGCUAGUAGAAGAAGUUGCAUUGAAGAGUGAUCUGACAAGUCAAACAUUUACAAUAGGCGAAAAUGGAGCCAGCAAAAAUCAACAUAUGGGAAUUCAAUGGAAUUCAGCGCUUAGAUUUGAACCGGCAAUGUUAGAUUUUGGUGAACAUGCGGUGGGCAUGCCAGAAAUAAGAACAGUUAGGGUAUUUAACCCACAUCAUGAAAACAUGUUGCGAAUGCUUUCCAUCUCAGGAACAACACCGCACUUUCAUUGUUCAUUUUUUCAAGAAAAGGUUUUACCACCAGAUGGGAAUACUACGUUUGAUGUAGUCUUUUUAGCCAGAUUGCCUGGAAAUGUAGAAAACACAAUUUUUAUUCGCACAAGUGCUGGUACAACACCGUAUCAGGUGUUUGGCACAGGUGUACCCAAUCCAUACCGAUUGCGUCCGUUCUUGGGCGCAAGAGUCCCUCUCAACAGCAGCUUUUCACCUUUAAUAAAAAUGCACAACCCUUUUAGCUCAGGUCUCAUGGUUACGGAAAUGUACAGUAGUGGAGGAGACUUGCAUCUUGAGUUACCAUCAGGUUCACAGGAAGCACCCAGAAAUCAGUGGGAGAUAGCACCAUACCAGACAAAGUCUGUGAUGAGGGCUAGUUUUGUGGGUCGGACCGAAAACAACCAUACGGCAUUCAUCCGUAUCAGGACCAACCGAACAACACAUAAACAAGGCCCUCUAGAGGCAGAAGAGGGAGAGUUUCUCAUGCUACCUGUAGAAGUUGAAGUUUCAUCAGUUCCUGGUAUUUAUUCUUCUCUGGAAAUGAUGGACUUUGGAACUCUACGCACCCAAGAUGAACCAAAAACCAUUCCCCUUUAUUUACUAAAUACGGGUCCAAAAGUCGUGCAUAUAUCGUCUGUAUCGUUAGUUAGAGCAAACCAGGCUAUUUCAAUAGAUUUCAGUCCGUUGGGGUUGCGGCCAUCAGACACACACAUCAGGGUUGCCAAUGUGACCUUUCACCCUAGAAGAGCCAAUCAUACGAGACUGUGGUCAGGAAAGAUUAUUAUCAAGACAAAGGAAAAAGGCUUUAAACUUCUGAUUCCAUAUCAAGCACAUGUACUGCAAGGGAUUCUUCGAUACAGUAGGAACAACACCUUGUUUUAUCUGUCAGACCCACCUCCAAAAGAUACAGCAGAGAGGAACUUAUCACUCACAAAUCUAUUCAACUUCUCAAUAGUUCUACAUAGUAUGAAACUAGUGGAUGAUGCUAAAGAGGUUUUUAGUGUGAUGAAUGUCAGUUUACCAGUAUCCAUAACACCGCAAGAAACCUAUAGUGAUUUGGUGUUACGCUUCAAUCCAGCAAACGCAUCUCAACCUGUGUCUGCUACACUGAAACUUAACACCAAUGCUUCAGUGUUUACGGUUCCUAUCUAUGCCUAUACGGGCAAGUUAAAAUUUGCAGUAAGCUCUGAUAAGGACAAGGUUGACUUUGGGACAAUGAGUGUAACAGAUACAAGAACAACAACAAUAGAAGUAGUCAACAAUAAUCCAGUAGAGGUUCCAUUAGAGAUGUUUUCAUGUACGUUAGAGAAGUGUUUUAUGUUACUGAGGAGUAUUGAAAGAAUAGAUGAUAGCAACAUGGAUGGAAGUGAAGAUACAGUCAUACCCUCACCCAAAGCUGUUGUUAUACCAGCAGGUCACGUAGCAAACUUUGUUGUGACGGUGACUGCACCAUUGACUGAAGGUCAGUUUGUUGGUGAGGUCAUCUUCAAGACGGCGUAUGAAGAGAAAAGAAUCAUGGCCACCUUGAAGACUGUUGAAGGGUACCUUAGCGUACGACCAGAUUACAUCACUAUGAAACCAUCAUUCCCGGGUUACACUCAGUCUCAGAGUAUCACAGUAUCUAACAGCUUCAGUCACAGGCUUAGAAUAGAGAGUAUAGCACCAGACCCUCCGGAUGAUAGGUUCUACUACAAACCACCUGUCAAAGUAACCAGCGUUGAAGUAGAUGCACACAAGAAACAAAAGAUUGGGAGAAUAGUAUUUGAUUCUAGGAAGCAGUGUGCUACCGACUGUUAUGUAGGUUUACCACCAAACUCACAACAAUCUGAGAUGUGGUUAUCAUCGCUUGCGUUACCUGAAGAAACUCAGGACAUUGACAAGCUUUCUUACAACUAUCUACGUAAUAAAUGGUACAAGAUGGUAGAAUCAGGGCAAACUAGUGUAAACACCACAAUGUAUCUGAAUAGCAACUUAGUGAAGCAGAUACCUAUAACAGUACAAGCAGAAUUAGAGUGGCCAACGCUAGCAGAUAAACAAGAAGCUAGGUUUCCUCUCACCUACAUCGGCAACACUUCGAUUGCUGAGGUGACUUUGUUGAAUCCUACAGACAGACUGGUAGUAGCUCAAUUACUUCCCAUCUCAGCUUAUCAAGACCCUGGAGGAGCAUUAGAUCUACUUACAGAAAGCAGUGAGCAAAUGGAUCCAGAGUUCAUAGAAAUAGAUGAUCCUGGAGUGUUCUUUCUAGCUGAUGUUAAAGAUAAGUCAUCACCGGGAAAAUGCCUGAAAUCUCAUCGUGAAUCAGUAGAGAAUAUGAUAGGAGUGAAGACAAGCGAUGAUGCUCUCCUCGUUGGUAUCAAACCGAGACAGAAUGUUACUGUUCAUCUUGGGUUUAGACCAACUGAUACAAGAGAAAGAUAUUCACUCAUCUUAAUCAGGAACAACCUGACAGUGUUAGAUGCAGUGGUAGUACAAGGUCAAGGAGGGUCAGGAGAGCUUAGACUCAAUAAUAAACGACCUGGUGUCAACAGCAAUCUACUCUUUGAACUUAAAAGUAGCCAUCUCGUCGACUGCAAUAAAACCUCACCCAAAGCGAGAAGUCCACCCAACUUCACAGUGAAGAGAACAUUUAACAUGAAGAACACUGGACAGUUACCAUUAUCCAUAGAUACCUUCCUCAUCAAUGGUAGACUAUGUGAGGGAUAUGGUUUCAGAGUGUUACAAUGUAGACCUGUAGAGAUACUACCAAAUGAAACAAGGCGACUGGAUAUAGCGUUCACUCCCGACUUCACUCUAAACCGAGUGACCCGCGAGCUAGAGGUGGUGGCCUUCACCGGUGAGACGCUAUCCUUCACACUCAUAGCCACUCUACCACCCAACAUGUUAGCUCCAUGCACAGCUGCCUUACCACGACCUCAUUGGGAAAUCCCCCUCCACCUCUUAUCAGUGUGUCUAAUGGCUCUUCUAUUCCUGGUCAUAGUAGCGGUGUCCUAUCUAGAGAUGGUUAGGUACCUAGAACCUAGCGUGACCACCAAGGCUAAACUCUCUGAGGCUGAUCAAGAUGAGAUUGAUUCUAUUAAACCGUUUGAUCUGAGGAAUAUUGCAGGAUUGAAACCUCUCCCGCGGGACAGAGGAGGGUCUGUUGGUUUGCAAGGAAAUGGUGGUGGAGCUGGAGCAGGAGGUGGAGGGGGUGCGAAUACAACGGCAACAAACAAAACAAAAUCAAGAGCAACGAGUCUACUGUCUUCGUUAGGUGAAAAACUGAACAUAUUUUCCGGGAGCAGAUCGGGAUCAAAGUCUCGUUCCGCUUCUAAUUCGGUAGCCAACAAUACACGGCAGGCAGAGAGUCGGGGCUCUAUUGACCGGGAAAAAAUCCAAGUCAACAAUUUAAGCAGUACUACGGCCUCGUCGGCUCCAAAAGUUAUAAACAGAGCGUCCUCUGGUCAACCAGCAUACUCGCUGCAAGAUCGGAAGGGUUCUCGGAGCAAGCGAGGCAUCCUACCUGAUUACGAAAAUAACUUAGAAUCAGCAUCUGGAGGUAAAAAUAGUGAUUAUAGCAAUGGUAGAGUCUUAUCUAGCGAAAUGAUAGAUGAGAAUCACGUGAACCAUGCAGGAGAUUAUGAAUCAUCUUACCAACUACAUAACUCAAGAAUGAGAGGGAAGGUUGGAGGAAGAGGAGAUGAUACGGAAAGGCAAGAUAUUAAAGACGACGAUAUUUCAUCAACGACAACAGAAGAAUCAAAUGCAGAGUCAGAAUAUUCAGAAAGAAGCAGCAAACAAUAUGUAGAUGACGAUGCUAGCCUUAGUGAAUCAGGAGUGUCUAAUAUCCCUGCUGAUGAUCUUGAGGCUGAAGGUCAACGUUUAGCUGCUCAAAGAUUCAAGAACGUCAAAUCAAAGGGGAAAACCCGCAAGGGAUCUUCUAAGGGCAACUCCAAAUCAAAUUUUCAUGGGGAUGUCUGCAGACCAAGCACACUUGAACUACCUUACACAACAGCUUUGGAGGCAGGGCGCCGGCAAGAUAACUUUGAUAAAGAGCCAACCUCGCCGCACUCCAUAGCAGCAAAGGUCGCAGCCAAGGCAACCAAGAAAACUAUAAAGGUUCCAAAGACCUCCAAGCCAAUGGACAGUGACGCAACGAGUACAACAAGCAGCGAACCUGACAAAGACUCACCCUUACCUCUGUGGGAUCAAGCUAAACCUAUCCCAUCGGGUCCUGGUCACCAACGCCCAACAGCCCAGACGCAGCAACCCAUCGGAUCAUCAUCACGUCCUAACUCUGCUGGUCUGAUUGCCAGACCUACUAGUUACAGCAGUGCAGUGUCUGGUGCAGCUCAGGGUGAAGGAUCUAAGGGAAGUAAGGGUAGUAGCAAGUCUAAACUGACCAAGCAACUAUCGGCACCGGAGGAGAAGUCUGCUUUCAGUACUGUCAAUGAUAAGAAGAAUACUCAUCCAGGAACCAUUGGAACAAAACAGAGUAAGAGCAGCAAGCCACGUUCUGCUGGAGCCACUGUCAAACAACCACCAUCAUGGUCACAGACUGGACAGGUAGAAGCUAGUGGUAGCAGCUCGGACACUAGUUCAUCAGCUGGCCCUGCAAGUCCAAGUUUCUUUGGCUCUUCUGCUAAUAAACUUGACCAGGGCUCUGGACUUGGUAAGAAGAACAAGAAGAUACCGACCUCAUCUCAGUUCAACUUUGUAGGAGAUGCAUUGGGUGCAGCAUCCAUGUGGGAUAACCCAACAUCAUCUCCACUAAGUGCACCACCUGGACUACCACCACCUACAUCAAGUCAAGGAUCAGGAGGUUUAGGUGACUGGUUGGGUUUUGGUGUAAGUCGUGCUCCUACUUCUAGUAGCAUGUGGGAAUCUAGUCCAUCAACAUCUAACACAGCCACCUGGUCUACCAAUACAUCUUCACCAGGAUUCUCUCAACAGAACUUCUACCAGUCACCUGGGUUGUGGUCUAGUCCAAGCCCGUUGGGUGGAGGAGAGAAUACCUGGUCUGGAGGGAGUACAAGUCUCUUUGAUAACUCUAUCUGGAGUAGCUCAUCGGACAAUAACAGCUCCCUGCUUGAUACUAGUGGUCCACACAACGCAACUGACCCUGAGGCAACUCCACGAGCUUUUGACCCGUUUCGCAGCAGCAUCUGGGGUCCUUCCCAUGGUAGCGGAGGUCCCAACCCCUGGGCUAACCCAGAUAUGGAUAACAACAAAUAGAGAGAAAGAUAUCAUUUAACCAUCGUUUCAUCAUAGACAAGCAUUUCUCUCAUCUCAACUUGUGUUUUCACCCCCCCCCCCCCCCCCCCGCACAAAAAAAAUUGUGAAGCAAGUACAUCUCAUAGUGUUUUAAAUUCUUGUACAGAUUUAGAUGAUUUAUCUUUUUAAUCUUAUUUAUUUGUAAUGAGGAGGUGAGGUGGUUGGGUCGGGUUAACAUGGACUUUCUUUCAUUAAACUUAUCAGUGAUAAGUGCCAAAAACAUGCUCCUAGUUAAUGAAAGAGCACAAUUUGAGUAGCUUAUAACAUUUAAUUGAUUGUAAGUUUUAUGAAACGGGUCUUUGAUCAAUGAUUCUAUGCUACCAUUCACGAUUAACACAAAGUAAAAAAAGGCUUUGAUAUACAUGAUAAUUUUAAACUUGGGCAAGAUAUCUAAUACCAAAUUAUGGUACUAGUAUUAGAUAAUGUAAAAAAUGGCGGUGACAGCAGCGUUUGAAGUAAAUUUGUUAUGAAAACCCAGUACUCUGAUACCUGGUUUUAAUCACUUUUGAAAAUUGAUGCAUAACAUUGUAUGCAUGGUAAAUGACAAAUUACAGAUCAAGCAUCCUUAUUUUACACUCUAGAAUUGGCGAUAUCAUUCUGAAAAAUGAAUGAGAGAAUAACAAAAUAUCAAGAACACCAUGAAUAAUUCAGUGUUAAUAUAUUUAUUAACCCUAAAAGAGCCAGGGCAGAUGGAAUCCUCCAAACAGUCGAUGAAAAAGGCACGUACAUCAACCUUUUCGACUAUUACCUUGAAAACCUCUAAAAUCAGACAUUAAUUAAUAUAGAAAUUGCAUUGUUUUACAGCAAUUUAUAGUGCAUUGUUGCAUAACUUCAGAACUUCAUGCCCAAGAAUUUGGUUUUAAAACAUUAAGGACUGAAAGCUAUUGAAAUGAAACAGUGUUCACUCUUUGCACCACAAAGAUAUCAUGUGAAACAUCAGAACCCCCCCCCCCCCUCCCCUGGCCUUUUUAGGGUUAAAUAUAAAUAUAUACACCUAAUAAGAAUUUAAUUCAAACAUCCAAUAUGAGUAAAUAGUACAUACAGCAUUGCAAAGAAAAAAAAAUAAAAUUACAGCUGUAACCAAAAACAACUUCAUAAGUAUAAACAUGAAUCAUAUAGAUGGAAAGGAAUAUUAAUGCGUAAUUGAAACAAUGAUUAUCUGGAGAGGAAUAAUAAUAAUAAUAAUAUGAACAUUUGUAAUGCGCCGGUAUCCAUCGUAAAAAGAUGCUCAUGGCGCAAUAAGGAAAAGAAAAGAAAA